AUGAUAAUAUUUAACAGCAAUACGAUAGUAAAAUUAAAUUUAAAUGCAUUGAAAUUACAUAAACGAUUGGUUGAAAUGAAUUCUAUUGAUGAUAUUAUUUCAAUCAAUGAUCCGGAUUCUGGGGAACAUUAUGAAUACACCGAUGAUCUAGGUCCUGGAGAACUUUUUGAUUUUAACAAUGUAGACAGCAAUGGGGAAUCGAUUUCAAAUAAAGAUAUUGAAAUGAAGGUUCGUAAGAACUGGCCUGAUGACGAAAUGCGAUAUGCAGCAAAUAGAGAAACUGAAAAAACUUGUUCAUCGAUAAUAAAAAGUAUAUUAUUUAGUCGUGAGUGUUUGGCUUGUACAAUCUCAACCAUAUCAAUGCUAGUUGGAAUAUUGAUAGUUGUUUAUACUAUGCCAAAAAAACCAGUUGUAAUUUGUGAUAUGAACUUCGCUUUGGUAAAUCCUAUACAGGUCGAGUACAAUUAUCGACCACAAUCUGUUGCCGUUGGUGAUUUCAAUAAUGAUACUUGGAUGGAUAUUGUUGUUGCAAAUCGUGCAACAAACAAUAUAGCUGUGUUUUUUGGAUAUAGUAAUGUUGGUUUAUCAUCAACAUCAAUGACUUAUUCUACUGGUACCAAUUCUACACCGUGUAUGGUAACUGUUGGCGAUUUCAACAAUGAUGGUCGACUUGAUAUUGUUGUUGCAAAUUAUGGUGUUAAUAAUGUUGGUAUAUUUUUGGGAAUUGGAAAAGGAGCUUUUGGAAGUCAAAAUACACUUUCCACUGGUUCGUCACGUCCUCUUUGGAUUUAUGUAGCGGAUUUGAACAAUGACAAAGCACAAGAUAUGAUCGUAGCCAAUUAUGGCACGCAAAGCAUAAGUAUCUUUUAUGGAUAUGGAAAUGGAAAAUUCUCCAAUGCAAUGACAUAUUUUACAGGUUAUGAUUCUAUUCCGAUGGGAAUUACUGUUGGAGAUUUUAAUAAUGAUAAACAUAUGGAUAUUGCUAUCGCUAAUUCUGGUACAAAUAACGUUGGUAUUUUACUCGGAAAUGAAAAUAGUACUUUUAUAACUCAGAAUACCUUUCCGACUGGUUAUGGUUCACAUCCAUAUUCGAUCGCUACUCAUGAUUUUAAUGGUGACAACUUUCUUGACAUUGUUGUUGCAAAUCAUGGUAGUCAUAGUGUUGGUGUACUUUUGGGAAAUGGCAACGGAUCUUUUUCACACUCAACAAUCUAUUCAAUUGGUAAUUCUAUUCCAAUUGCUGUUGCCAUUGGUGAUAUGAAUAAUGACAAUCAUACGGAUUUAGUUGUUACAAAUAAUGGUACUAAUGAUAUUGCAGUUUUGAUUGGGUAUGGGAAUGGUAGUUUUCGAAGUCCAACAAUGUAUUCAACUGGUUCUUUAUCAUCAGUUUCAGUUGCCAUAACUGAUUUUAAUAAUGACGUUAUACCAGAUAUUGUCGUUAUUCAUAAUGAAACUAAUGCUAUUGGCAUCCUUCUUGGAUAUAGUAAAGGAUUUGUUAAUCAAAUACAAUAUUCAACUGGGAAUAAUCCAGCUGCUGUAGGUGUUGGAUAUUUCAAUAAUGAUACUCAAUUAGAUAUAAUUGCUGGUAAUUAUAUUGACAACACUGUAAGUAUACGAUUAGGAUAUGCUGAUGGAUUAUUUGGAAAUGAAACAAUAUUUCCAGUUGGUUCUGGACCACAAGCAUUAGUUGUCGGUAAUUUUAACAAUGACACUCAUUUAGAUAUUAUCGUGGCUAAUUCUGGUGAUAAUACCAUAAGUGUACUUCUUGGAUAUGGUACUGGCUCUUUUGCAAAUCAAACAGUAUAUGCAACUGGGCUAGGUCCAUCUUCUAUAUCUAUGGGUGAUUUUAAUAAUGAUACUCAUUUGGAUCUUGUUCUCGCUAACGGCUUUCCUCACGCUAACACCAUAAGUGUACUUCUCGGAAAGGGCGAUGGUACUUUUGGAAUUGUAAUGAUAUAUGCAGCAGGCAACGGUCCAUGGGCUUUAGAUGUGGGUGAUUUUAAUAAUGACACUAUACUGGAUGUCGUCGUCGUCAACAGUUGGGACAGCACUGUUGGUAUACUUCUAGGUAUUGGUGAUGGUUCUUUUCCAAAUCAGACUACAUAUUUAACUGGUAAUGGACCACAAGCAGUAGUUGUUGGUGAUUUUAACAAUGAUGGUAAACUAGAUUUCGUUGUUGCUAAUCGAGGUGACGCAAGUGUAAGUGUAUAUCUUGGAUAUGGUAAUGCGUCGUUUACAGAUCAAAUGGUUUAUUCAGUUGGUUCUGUACCAAACGCUAUAGUUGUUGGUAAUUUCAGCAAAGAUGCAUAUUUAGAUAUAGUUGUUGCUAAUCAAGGUGACAACGAUGUCAGCUUACUUCUUGGAUUUGGUAAUGGUAGUUUUGCAACUCAAACAACAUAUUCAACUGGUUUAGCACCAAAUGCUAUUGCUGCUGGUGAUUUUAACAAUGAUUCUCUGCUGGAUGUUGUUGUUGGUAAUCUCGAUAAUAACAGUGUUAGUGUAUUACUUCAUUUUGUUGGAGGUGAUCUGACAAGUGAAACGACAUAUGCAUCUGGUGGUGGUUCCGAUUUACAAUAUGUUAUCGCUGAUGAUUUCAACAAUGAUACAUAUCAAGAUCUCAUCGUUGCUAACUUUGGAACUAAUAAUAUUGGUGUUCUUCUUGGAAAUGGAACAGGUACUUUUGCAAAUCAAAUUAAUUUUACAAUGGGUCCAAAUUCUCAUCCGGCGUCAAUCGCUGCCGGUGAUUUUAAUAAAGAUGGACAAGUAGAUCUUGCUGUUGCCAAUUAUGGUACAAAAUAUAUUGGAAUGCUUCUUGGAAAUGGAAAAGGAUGGUUUACAAGUCAAGUAGUUUAUGGUGAUAGUAUGGAUUUUGCUCCGUUAGUUAUAGCUGCUGGUGACUUUUAUAAUGAUGGACAAGCAGAAAUUGUAGUCGCUUAUGAUGAUCGUGAUAAUGUUGAUAUAUUUAGUGCAUUUGAUACUGGAUUUUUCUCUCCUCAAAAAACUUAUCCAUCUGGCCGUGGACCAUGGUGCGUAGCUAUGGGUGACUUUAACAAUGACAAUCAACUGGAUAUCGUCGUUGUUAAUACUAAUGAUAAUAGCAUAAGUAUACUUUUUGGAUAUGGUAAUGGUUCGUUUACAAUUGGACCAACAUAUCUUACUAUUCCUUCACCCUCAUCUGUAGUUGUUGCAGAUUUUAACAAUGAUACUCAACUCGAUAUUGUCGUUGGUAAUUUGGAUAUUAAUUAUAUCAUAUGUGUAUAUUCUGGAUAUGGUAAUGGGUCUUUUGCAUAUCCACUAUUUUUUUUAGCUAGCUGGGGUCCAGGAGCUAUAGUUGUUGGUGAUUUCAACAAUGACAACAAAUUGGAUAUCAUAGUUGCUAAUUUUUAUGCCAACAAUGUAAGUGUGCUUCUCGGAAAUGGCCAGGGAUUAUUUAUACCUCCAGUAACAUAUCCGACUGGAUCAUAUCCAACUGCUAUAGCUGCUGGUGAUUUUAACAAUGACACCCAACUAGAUAUCGUCGUCGCUAAUAAUAAUGAUGCAACUAUAAGUGUACUUCUUGGGUAUGGCAAUGGAUCCUUUGCAGAUCAAGUUACAUAUCCAACUGGAUCUUAUCCAUAUUUUGUAGCUGUUGGUGAUUUUAACAAUGACACACGACUAGAUAUUGUCGUUGCGAAUGAUGGUGACAACAAUGUAGGUUUACUUCUCGGAUAUGGUGAUGGUUCAUUUGCAAAUCAAACAACGUUUAUAGUUGGCAACUCACCACAGGCCUUGACUGUUGGUGAUGUGAAUAACGAUACUCGAUUAGAUAUUGUCGUCGUUAAUACAGGUGAUAACACUGCUAGUGUACUUCUUGGAUUUGGCGAUGGUACUUUUAGAGAGCCGGCAGUAUAUUCAACUGGAUUUCUGCCAUACUUUGUAGCCCUUGCUGAUUUCAACGGUGAUAAACGACUGGAUAUCAUCGUUGCUAAUUAUCGAGACGAUCGGCUAAGUAUACUUUUUGGAUAUGUUAACUUUGCUUUUGUUAAACAAAUAACACUCAUAACUGGUAAUGGUUCACAACCAAAAUCAUUUGCCAUUGAUGAUUUUAACAAAGAUAAUCGACUCGAUAUUGCUGUCACAAAUUCGGGCACGAAUAAUAUGGGUAUAUUUCUUAGUUAUGGAAAUGGUUCUUUUGCUCUUCAGAAAACAUAUGCAACUGGUUCUUCUCCACGAUCCAUAGCUAGUGGUGAUUUCAAUAAUGACACUAUACUAGAUAUUGUUGUCGCUAAUAGUGGUAGUGACAGUGUUAGUGUACUUUUUGGAUAUGAAAAUGGUUUUUUUUUAAAUCAAACAACAUUUACAACUGGCUUUGAAUCUAAACCAUAUACGGUAGCUGUUGGUCAUUUUAACAAAGACAUCUUUUUAGAUAUCGCCGUCAUUAAUUAUGGUCUGAGCAAUGUGUAUGUGUUUCUUGGAUAUGGUAAUGACACAUUGGUAGGUGAAUCGGCUUUUACACUUGGUUUUGGAUCAUCACCAAUAUCUUUAGCUGUUGCUGAUUUCAAUAAUGAUAAACAGUUGGAUUUUGCUGUUGUGAACGAAGGCACUGAUAACUUAAAAAUUCUUCUAGAAACUUGUUAA